GUAUGACCUAAUGGAAAACGAUGGCUCCACACUAACCCCACCCCCGCACCUGUUCCCAAUACCCCGGGACUUCCUGCCCCCUCCAGACCGAAGCCAGCCCCUUCAGGCCCACUCAGCACUAGUGAUUGUGCCUGCCCAGCCCCAGGGAGGUGCCUCAGGGCAGCCCGCCCACCGCCGCCCCCUGGGCCUGGCUUCCUCAGGAAAGGCCUUGGGAGGAAACGGAGGGGGUUGGGAGCUGUGGGGGCCAGGCCAGCUCCAACCCUCUCACUGCACUGGCCGCCAUGGGCCUGAGGCUGCUGCUCCCACUGCUGCUGCUCUGGACUCCGAGGACCCGGGGGUCUGCGCUGGACCCUAACGGGCAGCAUGUGUGCAAGGACAGCAGCCCCUCAGCUGAGCUCCGGUGCUGCCCAGGCUGGAGGCAGAAGGACCAAGAAUGCACCAUUGCCGUCUGCGAGGGGCCCGAUGCCUGCCGGGAGAACGAAGUAUGUGUGAAGCCAGGCCUCUGUCGGUGCAAACCUGGAUUCUUCGGGGCCCAGUGCAACUCCCGCUGCCCGGGCCAGUACUGGGGCCCCGACUGCCGGGAGAGCUGCGCCUGCCACCCGCACGGGCAGUGCGCGCCGGACACCGGCGUGUGCCGCUGCCAGGACGACCGCUGGGGCGGCCGCUGCGAGUUCGAGUGCGCGUGCGGCCCCCACGGGCGCUGCGACCCGGGGACCGGCGCGUGCCACUGCGAGGCGGGCUGGUGGUCCGCCCGGUGCCAGCACCGGUGCCAGUGCAACCCCGUGGCCGCCCGCUGCGACCAGGCCACGGGCAACUGCGUGUGCCAGGCGGGCUGGUGGGGCCGCCGCUGCAGCUUCCGCUGCCACUGCCACGGCUCGCCCUGCGCCCAGGAGUCCGGCCGCUGCGCCUGCCGGCCCGGCUGGUGGGGCCCCGAGUGCCGGCUGCCCUGCCCCGCCGGCCGCUGGGGGGCGCAGUGCGGCCGCAGCUGUGGCCACUGCGCGCGGAACGAGCCGUGCGCUGCAGACACGGGCAGCUGCGAGUCCUGCGAGCCCGGCUGGAACGGGACCCAGUGCCUCCAGCCCUGCCUGCCUGGUACCUUCGGGGAGCGCUGCGGACAGCAGUGCCCCCGCUGCCAGCACGGGGGGGCCUGCCAGCCAGACACUGGGCACUGUCAGAGCUGUGAGCCCGGCUGGCUGGGGCCCAGGUGUGAAGACCCCUGCCCACGUGGCACCUUUGGGGAGGGCUGUGGCUCCACCUGCCCCGCCUGUGUUCAGGGGGCUUGUGACGCUGUGACCGGGGAAUGUGUCUGCAGCGCUGGCUACUGGGGACCCAGCUGCAACGUCUCGUGCCCAUCUGGCUUCCACGGAAACAACUGCUCUGCGCCCUGUGAAUGCCCAGAGGGCCCCUGCCACCCUGUCUCCGGGGCCUGCCAGCUGGGGUCUCACAGCCAGGAUGCCACCCUCAUCGCUGGCAUCCUUGUGCCUCUGCUGCUGCUCCUCCUGGGCAUUGCCUGCUGCUGUGCCUGGUGCUGUUGGGCCGCCCGGUUGGACCCCAAGGACAGGGCCUGGAUGGGCCCGGCCCUCCUCCCCUGCUCCCACCCCGCCCCAGGCGGGUCUCACACACUGACCGCCUCCUGUGCCCUCAGCCCGGCGAGGGAGGGAGCCGCUGUGUCCAGGAGGAAGCUCCAGGGCUUGUGGGAGGCGCUGACCAGCCUGGACUUCGCGCUGCCCUGCAGGUCCCUCAGCAGCCACAAGCUGCCCUGGGUGACAGUCUCCCACCACGACCCGGAGGUCCCCUUCAACCACAGCUUCAUCGAGCAGCCCUCCGCCGGCUGGGCCUCGGACGACUCCUUCUCUUCCGACUACGACUGCGGAGAGGACGACGAGGACCCUGCCUACUGCGUGCCGCCCAAAGAAGCGAUGGUCCCUGAGGCCCAAGCAGAGUCACCGGAGGCCAGCGUGGUUGAUGGUCCCUUCCCAGCCCCCGAGGAUGCCUCCACGCCAUUCGCCAUCCCACGCACUUCCAGCCUCGCUCGGGCCAAGCGGCCCUCCGUCUCCUUUGCCGAAGGCACCAAGUUCGCCCCGCAGAAUCGCCAAAGCUCCGGGGAGCUCUCCAACCCGCUCCGGAAGCCCAAGCGGCUCUCCCGGGGCGGCCAGCCCGGUCCUGAGAGCCAGGAGGCUGAGGAGUCCGCAGGCCCCGACAAAGCGGAAAGGGACGAGGUCCCUCCCGGGGCACCCAGCCCCAAGGACUCAGCCGCCGGCCCCCGCCGGCUCCCACUCAGUGGCCAGACGGUGGCGGAGCGCGUGGAAGCCAUCGAAAGCGGCGUCCAGGGGAGCGGGGGCUCCGUCACCACCAUCUACACCUUGGCAGGGUCACCCCGGGAACCCGGGGGCCCGGUCCGGGCCGUCCUCCGCCGUUUUGGUAGCUUCCAGAAAGGCCAGGCGGGGCCCAAGGUGAAGAGUGCCAUCCCCAAGCCUCCACGUCGGGCCCUGAGUCGGAACAAGGGCAGAUCCGGGCUGGCCCCUGGCCCUGCCAGUCCGAGCUCUGGCCCAGCCCCGAACGAGGAGCCCGCGGGGGCCUCGCCGCCCGCAGGAACGGGGCCAGAGGAAGCGGCCAGUGGGCAGAGGGAUGGCGUCAAGAGCUCAGAGAGGCUCCAGGAGCUGGCCCCCGGGGGCCCCCCGGUACAGGAUGCCCAGAAGCUGGCUGACGAGGAAGAGCAGGAGGAGCCGCAGUAUGAGAAUGUGGCACCCAUCUCUGGGCCACCGGAGCCCUGAGGACCAUGAAUUUGGGGAGUGGGAAGGCUACGGAUGGGGGGUAGGCAUGGAACUGCCUCCGCAUCAGGUUGUAUUUUGUGCUGGAAAAAGGCCCCAGGGCCGGAAAGACCUACCAGAACCUCUGCCCUCCGGUGGGGAAACAUCUGAGGUAGAGGCCAGUUGGCUGUGGGCCCUGGCGCCGUUCCAAGGAAGGUCUGGAAGGCCUGGGCGGAGACCCCACGGGAUGGGGUCAGGAAGAGAAUGAGACGGCUGCAGGGACUUAUUUCUGUUGUCCUGGACUUGGCUUACCCCAACAGGCUAUUCUUUCCUUCGUUUGCAAAAUAUUUUUCUGAACUGGAAAACAACCUACAUGUUUGAUGAUAAAAGGUUGGUUAAAUAAAUAUUUUUUAUGGUGGGUUCCUAAACAGCCACGAACAAUUAUGUUGUGUAAGAGAGUGAGAGAGAGAGAGAUCGAUGGGCUGCCUCUCACAUGGCACCCUGACCAUGUGCUCGUACCCGCAACCUGGGUAUGGGCCCUGACCAGGAAUUGAACCCUCCACCUUUGGUGUAAGGGAUGAUGCUCCAACUGAGCCACACUGGCCAGGGCUUAUUUUCUUUUUAAACUUUUGUAUAAUUUGCAUAUUUUGUAUAGUGAAUAUUCUUUUUACUUUUCUCACUCGAUUGAACUUUUUUUUUUUUUUAAGUAAUAUUCUUUGUUAAAAGUAAAUAGAACUAACAUUUUGGAUAUGUAUGAAGUAAAAAUGAGAUUUCCCGUCUCCCCAGAGGAGUCUGGGGGAGCAGGGAGGGGCCAGAUUUACUUUUCAUAGGUUGUCUUUCGGUCUCGUUCUGAAUUCUUGCCCCAUGCAGGUGUAUGACCUCGUCAGGAAAUAAAGAGCAGCGGUUACCCCCAACCCUGUGCUCAGAGAAGCUCAUGGAAGUUUAGAUGCUUCCUUUCCGAUGUUUUUCUGUGCACUUGAAGACAAAGGAGCAUACUGUUCUGCAGUUUAAUCUUUUACUUAACGUAUCCUGGGUAUCUUUUGGUGCCAGUAAAUAUAAAGCUACCUCUCUUUAUUAAAAAAUGGCUACACGGGAUCCCAUCAUGUGGAAAUGACACGGAUUAUGUGAACCAUUCCCUACAUUUAGGGAUUUGGUGGUUUUUUUAAUUGUUUGAGACUAUUAAUGAUGCAGUGUUCAACUUUUUCCAUUUAAAAAAAAAUAUAUUUGUGCAAGUGUUUCUGUAGAAGAGAUCCCUGUGAGUGC